CGCGCAGCCGGGUCUUUGUCCGCCGGCCCCGCGGCUGCCCGCGCUUUGUUCCCCGCGCUCGUGGGCUGGGGCGCGCCGCCGAGCAGCCCCCCGCGCAGCGCUGGCGUCGUCCUCGUCCCCCUCGCCGCCCCCCGCGCGCGGCCGGGCCUUACCCCCCAUGGUCUCCCGGCCCGAGCCGGAGACCGAGGCCAUGGACGCGGAGCUGGUGGUGACGCCGCCGGGCUGCUCGCACCUGAGCAGCUUCAAGGUGGACAACUGGAAGCAGAACCUGCGGGCCAUCUAUCAGUGCUUCGUGUGGAGCGGCACGGCGGAGGCUCGCAAGCGCAAGGCAAAGUCGUGCGUCUGUCACGUCUGCGGCGUCCACCUGAACCGGCUUCACUCCUGCCUGCACUGUGUCUUCUUCGGCUGCUUCACAAAGAAACACAUCCAUGAACAUGCCAAGUCCAAGCGGCACAACCUGGCCAUAGAGCUCAUGUAUGGCGGCAUCUACUGCUUUCUGUGCCACGACUACAUAUAUGACAAGGACAUGGAAAUCAUCGCCAAAGAGGAGCAGCGCAGAGCUUGGAAACUGCAAGGCGUUGGGGAGAAGUUUUCAACUUGGGAACCUACCAAACGGGAGCUCGAACUGCUGAAGCACAACCCGAAAAGGCGAAAGAUCACCUCCAACUGCACCAUAGGUCUGCGAGGGCUGAUCAACCUUGGCAACACCUGCUUCAUGAACUGCAUCGUCCAGGCUCUCACCCACACGCCGCUGCUGCGAGACUUCUUCCUCUCCGAUAGGCACAGGUGUGAGAUGCAGAGCCCCAGCUCCUGUCUGGUCUGCGAGAUGUCGUCGCUUUUUCAGGAGUUCUACUCCGGGCACCGCUCCCCCCACAUCCCCUACAAGUUGCUGCACCUGGUGUGGACUCACGCGCGGCACCUGGCGGGGUACGAGCAGCAGGACGCGCACGAGUUCCUCAUUGCCGCCCUAGACGUCCUGCACCGACACUGCAAAGGUGACGAUAACGGGAAGAAGGCCAACAACCCCAACCACUGCAACUGCAUCAUCGACCAGAUCUUCACGGGCGGGCUGCAGUCCGACGUCACCUGCCAAGUCUGCCAUGGAGUCUCUACCACCAUAGACCCCUUCUGGGACAUCAGUUUGGAUCUGCCUGGCUCUUCCACCCCAUUCUGGCCCCUGAGCCCCGGGAGCGAGGGCAGUGUGGUGAACGGGGAGAGCCACGUAGCGGGAACCACUACGCUCACGGACUGCCUGCGAAGAUUCACCCGACCGGAGCACUUAGGGAGCAGCGCCAAGAUCAAGUGCAGCGGUUGCCACAGCUACCAGGAGUCCACAAAGCAGCUCACCAUGAAGAAACUGCCCAUUGUAGCCUGUUUUCAUCUCAAACGAUUCGAGCACUCGGCCAAGCUGAGGCGGAAGAUCACCACAUACGUGUCCUUUCCCCUGGAACUGGACAUGACCCCCUUCAUGGCGUCCAGCAAAGAGAGCAGGAUGAACGGACAGUACCAGCAGCCAACAGACAGUCUCAACAAUGACAAUAAGUACUCCUUGUUUGCCGUAGUUAACCACCAAGGGACCCUGGAGAGUGGCCACUACACCAGCUUCAUCCGGCAGCACAAGGACCAGUGGUUCAAGUGUGACGAUGCCAUCAUCACCAAGGCCAGCAUUGAGGACGUGCUGGAUAGUGAGGGAUAUCUGCUGUUCUACCACAAACAGUUCCUGGAGUAUGAGUAGCCUUACCUGCGGCUGGUCCCCAAAAAUGAAGGCGAUGAGUUGGCCAGCCUCCCAAGGUGAUCUCCGCCCUCCCCGACUUCAUGAAGCCACCCCCCACACAGAAGUGCCCCCGAGAGCAUCGGAUUCCCCUGCAGCCUGGGCCCAGCCGCGGCCACACGGGUGCGCAGGGUCGCGGCAUCCGCGUGCACGAGCGCUGUACUCCGAAGGAAGCUCCGGGACCUGCGCAGCAGACGCAGCGGACGCAGCGACGUGGGGGGAUGUGCCCUGCGUGGGGAGGAACCCCGGUGGUGCGUCCCUGGGCGUCUGCUGUGCUCCUCGAGACCACGUGCGGCGGAGGUGGGGGGAUCAGCGUGUCCCGGGGCUGCGGCUCGGCUGUGCAAGGGAGCAGUUUGAAAAGGCGCCAACCCGGUUUUCCAUCAUGGGUCCAUUAAAACAGUGAGAUACAGGAGCCAAAGCCGUGGUGUGAGGACAGAGGACUUUGCGCGCACCUUCCUCGCUGCUGGUUUAGUAUCAAACAUAGAUAGCGGAACUUAGCCUGCGUCUGGUCAGCAGAUAGAGGAACGCUCCCACCCCCCCACCCCCACCGAGCUCGCGGAACCGGGGACUCCAGCGGGUUCCCAAGCUCGUCUGUUGCGCAGAUCACUUAGCACCCAACUGCAUGUGGAGGCGUCAGCCCAGGUGGUCUCUCUUGGUUUUGUUUUUUUUUUUUAUUAGAAAUAGGCACUUUCAUAGCUCUCUCCCCUUUUCUCUUUUUCCACAAUGGUGACUUUCAUCAAUGUAAUGGUAGUAACGUGAAUGAAUUAUUGCAUUUAUACAGAAAUUUAGAUCAUUUUCCUUUAUUCUCGAGAGUGAAUCUUGCUUUUUCAUCGGUGCUGGUUUUGUUGCUUCCCCUACCCCCUUCCCCUUUGGAAGCAUCCGCGUCCAGGUGAGGGCUGGCGGGGGCAGCGGCCGAGAGUCAGGCUGAGGCUAGUAAGUGUCUCUGUCCUGUUAAUCUUUUGAGUAAGUGAAGUGUUUCCAGGGGCUUCGUUGUUCCUUCCUCCUAUUUUCUUCCUGGCCCCUCGUCCCACUUGCUCUCCCUGUGGCCACGUGGCGGCUCGUGGGUCGGAUGGAAGCUGGAGUGGCGUCCCGUGGAGCCUGCGGUUGGUACUGCUGCCUCCGCCCUACGUCUGGUGUAGGUAGAGCUGCAGCAGAGGCAGGCGGCUGGGCCAGCGAGCUGGUGGGAAGAGGGAGGAGCUGCUGGAGGAGACGGAACAGUUUGCCUUGGUCCUUGUAAGAUACCCUGCAUGCACUUGUCUGUCUAAACACAAACUUCCAUUGUCCGUUUCUGAGAACUUAACAACCCAGACAUGUGGGUGCGGAAAAGCUGUUUUAAUGUCUUUUUGGGGAACAAGCAGUGCUUGUCCUAGGAGCCGGGUCUGCUUUUGAGCUGUGGAAUGUUUGUUCCUGGAGAAGAGAAUCCUCUGUUUCAAGUUCAGCAUAUUUACUUUCCUUUUUUUUUUUUUUUUUAAUGGAGCCAGAUAGUAAAUAAUUUGAGGCUUUUCCAGGAAGACAUCUUUCGGACACUGAAAUUUGACAGUCUUCACCUGUUACGGAAUUUGUUUUUUUUUCUCUAUUUAAAAAUGUGCAAACAAUGCUGAGCUGGUAGGCCAUGCAGAAACAGUGGGCGUGAUCUGGCUCAUCAGCUAGUCAAGGUAGGAAGUGGGUAGGAACAGCAGCCGUUGAGUAGUUACCGCUCCGUGUGGAACAUGCGGGAAUACGUGAAACAGCAGUCGUGCCGCAGCAGCCUCCUGGAUGACAAAGCCCUUAGUGACGCAGCUUUUAAGCACUUGCUCAGUUCAUGCUCAGUGUAUUUUUGCUUUUUGGGAGUACGUGUUCUGUGAUAGCAGGAAUGAUCAGGAACAAGGGUGGGUGCAGAUUUUCAGAAAUGGCCCCACGUGGCUGGGUUGUGUGUGUGAUUGUAAGAGAGAAAUUGUUGGGAAGGUUGCUUUGUGGGAGAGCUGUUGCCCUUUAAUAAGGAGCAAGUCAAGCAAGGAACUGGCUGACGCUGGCCUGCGGAGUUCGAGCUGUGAGCUCUGCUCCCUUGAGACCUGGCUGUACUGGAUGGUCCUGGGUUUUCUGGCAGGUUCCCUGUGGUCUGGCCAGCUCUGCUUUCCACAUCUGUGUCUGCUCAUGUUCAGGAGAGCUCAGCUGUUCCAAGAGCAUGAGGUCUGGAGAUAGAUGAUGAGGCCACGUUUCUCUUUUGUAGACAUGACUCUAAGUUUUUGUAUCCAAAUUAACUGUUGUUAUUCCCUGUUGACACCGGCGUUGCAAGUUGUCACCUGUGUCUGCCGCUGGGAAGCUCCUGUGACUGUAGCAACCGUGCGAGGGCAGUGUUGCCAGCAGGAUGUCGGUCGCUGGGAUUUACUUUGUUACUCACAAAAUACUCCAUGGUGGGCCUGGGAAUGUUUCUUUUUGCUCCCAGGCCAGGCAUUAAAUUCAGGAACAUAGCUCUCUCGUUUCCUUGCAAAGACCCCUGUUCACAUGUUCAGGCCAUUACCAAGUGCAUCUGACACUAAAGGGGCCAUCGGGGGAUCCCCACUGCCCCCCCACAUUCCCAUGAGUGGUUUUAAAAUAAUCUGUGUUUCUGAGACGUUGGCCGCCCUUUCACGGCAUCAUAGGGAACCGGGCUUUCCAUCUCCAGAGCUGUGACGUGAGCUCUAAGCUGGGGCCGUGCCGGGAGAGUGGGGGUCCGGCGGGCAGCCCGAGCAGCCAGGCUGCCUCUCCAGGGCGCAGGGUCGUCUUUAGGCCUCCUUCUCGCGGCAGUGCCCCUGACCCCACAACACAUAGCCCCUCGCUCUUGUCCUUCGGCUUGGUGUGUAUGCUUUCCCUGGGCCAGAUGGCCCUCCUUUUGACAAUUCAAGUGAUUGUUUCGUUUACUAUAACCUUGAAAACAAAAAUUGUAAGAAAAAGAUUCCAAUGAUCGUGCUGUGGAUUUUAUUACCAAGAUGUUUACACCUCCCUUUUACCUGUCAUUUUGAGGACCUGUCAAGUCUUCUCCCUUAAUGGCUUGUAGUCUUUCCUAUGUCAUAAUAAAGCUACAUUUUCUUCGGAA